AUGAAUGCGUUUAGUCGGCAAGGCAAAGCAUUACCUAUCAAAGUUAGAAACAACAUAGUUGGGAAGUGGUUGAAUAAUGAGGGUAUAGCAAACAUAUCGCGACAAUUUAACCUACCGUACAAAACGGUUAGUAAUAUUGUAGAUCUCUGGGUAGACAAUGGAGACAUUGAACCUCGCCAGCCACAUCGUGAGGCAAGUAGGACCGCACAUACGAAUGACGUUAAAACGUACAUCGAAUACUUGAAAACUACUAAGCCAUCAAUAUAUGGAAAAGAAAUACAACAAGAAUUGCAAAGUAACAACUUGUGCCUACCAGAAAACGUGCCUAGCAGGUCUUCGAUAAGUAGGGUUUUAGAAGCCGAUGUUGGCUGGUCAUACAAGCAAAUAAGUCAAAUAGCUCGUGAAACAGAAAGGCCGGAUGUCAUGGAAAAAUUACAUCGCAGACAUUUCAGGAAUAGAUUGUAA